CCUCACAAGGUCCAGGCAGCGUAGCGCUGGCUGGAGCUGGCUAUGUGGCAUUGGGGAGGGGUGGGCAUCACAAGAGGACGAUUGUUGUUGAUCAUUUACUGUGGAGUUUUGUAGGAUACUGAGAAGACGACGUAUUACUCGAUGGAGUCCUAAUCAGUGAACAUUCACCAAAGAGAAGGGAUUGACAGCAGUAGUGGCAGAGUUGUGCUGGCAGGAGCAAAGAAGAAGGAUCUGAAAGUAGCAUGAACAGCAUCAAUCCUCAGUGACUCAUGAAUACACAGGUGAGUCAUUAGAAGUUGGAUGCGGGUUGCGUAUGCACUGUUGUGCCUUGGCCUGGUGGGGGCUCUGCAGAGAGACCAGGUGGCCCAGCAUGCCAUCAAGUUGCAUCGGGGCCGGGGGGCGGCGGCCACACAUGGGCGGAGCUGGGUGACGGACAACUGCAAGCGGCUGGCUGGGCUCAUACGGCACAAGAACGCCGUGGUCAGGAAGCUGGGGGUGGCGGCCGACGCCGUGGGGGGAGACCGAGCCCUCUCCGAACCUGAGAGACUCUUCCAGGUCCACACUCUGGAGAUAUUCCAGAAGGAGCUGAACGAGAGCGAGCGCUCGGUCUUCCAGGCGGUGGUUGGCCUACAGAGGGCGCUGCAGGGGGACUACAGGGACGUGGUUAACAUGAAGGAGAGCAGCCGCCAGAGGCUGGAGGCCCUCAGGGAGGCAGCCAUUAAGGAAGAGCAGGAAUACUUGGAGCUGGUAGCUGCAGAGAAACACCAACAGGAGGCGCUGAAGAGCGCCCUGGCCCAGAACAAGACCCUGUCCAUGCUGGAUGAGAUCCUGGAAGAUGUGAGGAGGGCAGCUGACCGGCUGGAGGAGGAGAUAGAGGAGCAUGCCUUCGACUACAACAAACAGAUGAAGGGAGUGAACGUGGAGGCGGUGCUGAGGGUGGAGGAUGACGAAAAGGAUGGAGGGAAGAGGAAGAACGUGUCCCGGAGGAGGGAGGUGGAGGAUGACCUCGGACUGAGCAUGCUCAUUGACUCCCAGAACAACCAGUAUGUCCUGACCAAGCCCGGGGACUCAACCAUGCCUCGCGCCGACCACCACUUCAUCCGGGAUCUGGUGUCGGUGGUGAUGCUGUCUCUGCCGUGUGGUUGGCUGUGCACCCUGAUGGGCCUGCCCCCCAUGUUCGGAUACAUCGUCUGUGGGAUCCUCCUCGGCCCAUCCGGCCUCAACAGCAUCAAGUCCAUGGUCCAGGUGGAGACGCUGGGGGAGCUGGGUGUGUUCUUCAAUCUCUUCGUGGUGGGACUGGAGUUCUCCCCCGAGCGCCUACGCAAGGUGUGGAAGACCUCGGUGCAGGGCUCCUGCAGUCUGAGUCUGCUGAUGGUGGGGGCCGGGUUGCUAUGGGGACAGGUACUGCGUAUUCGGCCCACCCAGACAGUGUUCAUCUCCAGCUGCCUGUCCCUGUCCAGCACGCCCUUGGUGUCUCGCUUCCUGGCUGGGGGGGGUCGCCCAAGCGCAGAGAAGGAGGGAGACCUGGACCACAGCAGUGUUCUCCUGGGGAUGUUGGUAAUGCAAGAUGUUCAGCUGGGCCUCUUCAUCGCUGUCAUGCCCACCCUCAUCCAGGCGCAGAGUGGAGACUUGGGCAGUGUCCUGGUGGGUGGCCUGCAUGUGGUGCUACUGCUGGGCCAGGUGCUGGCCUCCCUGGCUGCGGUGCUGCUGCUCUGUGGCCUGCUCAGGGCCUUCCUGGUCGGGCCCUACUACAAGAAGCUGCACGCCGAGAGCAAGGGCAGCAAGGAGAUCCUGGUCUUGGGGACCACGGCCUUCAUCUUUGUCAUGCUCACGGUGACCGAGUUCCUGGACGUCUCCAUGGAGCUGGGCUGCUUCCUGGCCGGGGCGCUGCUCUCCUCCCAAGGUCACAUGGUCACCUCCGAGGUCCUAGGCUGCAUCGAGCCGAUCAGAGACUUCCUGGCCAUCAUCUUCUUCGCCUCUAUUGGGUUCCACGUGUUCCCUACCUUUGUGCUGUAUGAGCUCACCAUCCUCGUGGUGCUCACUCUCUCACUGGUCGUCAUGAAGUUUCUGAUGGCGGUGCUGGUCCUGUCAGCCAUCUUGCCACCGGGCUCCAGACACAUCCGCUGGAUCGUGUCGGCCGGCCUGGCGCAGGUCAGCGAGUUCUCCUUCGUGCUGGGCAGCCGUGCCCGCAGGGCGGGCAUCAUCUCCAGAGAGGUGUACCUGCUGGUCCUCAGUGUCACCACUCUCAGUCUCCUCCUGGCCCCGGUGCUUUGGAGAGCCGCCAUGCACAAGUGGGUGCCCCGCCUGGAACGCAAGGCGCCCAUCUGACCCUGUUCAGCAGCCAGUGCUCUCUGUUGGCUACAGUCCAACCCGUGACAGCAUGUCCAAUUCACUCACAAUGGGAGAUAGACUGUGUCUAUCUUUUUCAGCUCUAGAUGGACUUUUUUUUUGAUAAGGGUGGUUUUUGUUUUGUGUCAUCAUGUUGAUGGUGCAUAGAUUUAGGGUCAAAGCAAUAUGUUAGGUCUAUGAGGUCUGCUUGUGUUGUGUGAGUCUGUAUAGCCUGGACCAAAUUUGAGAUAUAAAUGCUGAAUCGUGGAGGUACGUUCAGAAUUGUAUGAAUCUAGAAUUCUGCCCGUUAAAAUGUAUUCCAUAAUGACUACGGCUACUGAACACCGAACAUAUUUAUGUCUCCUACAUUAACCCAAAAAGAUAUGAAGGAAUACUCAUCUUUCCAUUCCACUGUAACUUUCUAUCUGCUGUAUUUGAAUGUCAAGCUGUAGAGACGUGUGUCAGAAUAUUACAGGCAUAACACACAUACUUUCCGGACUUUGCAUACUAUGCGUUUAUUGCACUCCUAGGACAAUUAAUGCUGUAUACUGUUUGUUUCAUCAUUUUGUUUGUCCUAAUAUUGUUUAUUUGUAUCAUUCCAGUGACUGUUGAGCAUUGACGGCACUCUAUAUUACCAGGUCAAAUGCCUGCAUUUGCAAUAUUUGUCUACAUCUCCAUUGUUCUCUAUUACGUACUCGGUAGACUGACUGCAUUUAUUGAUGUUUAUAUUUAUGUAUCUAUCUAACAAUCUAUAUAUAGAUUAAUGUAAGUGGUGGGGCACCAAGCACAAAGAGGUUUUUGUCUUUUUAUAUUUUCCUCUUCUUUUCUUUAUAUAUUUUUUAUUAUAUUAUAAUAUGCAUCCAAUCAUACCAUGAUGUAUGACAUGUUUUGGGAAAUAUGCGCAUAUUUAUAAAUAAAGAUAGGGUUAUUCUGAAGGUA